AUGGCAAAACAGGCAUUACAGCGAGUGUUGGAAUACACCAUUGGUAAAUAUGUCAAUGGAUUAGAUGCAGAAAGCCUAAAUGUCGCGAUUUGGAGUGGAAAGAUUGCACUGAACUCUGUGGAACUCAAUGUUGAUGCCGUCAACUUGGAACUAGAUCGACAGGCUGAAGAAGCUCCCAACCUAGCCCUUCCGUUCAAGGUAGUGUCAGGAGGAUUUACAUCCUUUCAUGUGGAAGUGCCAUGGUCACAUCUUGCCAGCAGUCCUGUCAUAUUAAGGCUGAGUGGCCUAAGUAUCAUUGUAGAACCAUACAACCGAGAGACAAACGAGAGCGUUUCAAUUGCACAUGCUCAAAAAGAACGACAGAGCUCCAUCAAAAGCUCAAACGACUACCGAGAACAGGCAAAUGCCGUAAAGAAACUGGCGGGAGCGGAAUCUGAUUCGUCCAACCAGUCUAGCUUUGCAUCGCGACUCGUACGACGAAUCAUUGAGAAUAUUCAAGUUGAAAUCAGCGAUGUAAACAUUUCUCUUGCAGGAAAAGAGGGGUCUGCAGGCGUGGUGCUCGAGUCCCUAUCAUUAGUGACCACAGACAAGGAUGGCAAACGAACUUUCGUUGACCGCACUGCGAAUUCUAACUCGAGCAUCUUUCUGUACAAGGCACUGGAACUCAAAGGAUUCGGGGUUUACGUGGACGAAAGUAUUCCUGGAGAACCACAAUCUCAUGCGUACGUCUUAGCGCCGCUUGCAUUUCAAGCCAAUCUACGUCAGGCAGACGGCAAUGUCUGUAUCGAUCAUUCGAAAUAUAAGCUUUCUAGCGAGUUGUCGACGGUUUCCAUCGAAGUCUCGCAUAAUCAGCUCGAUGUGGUCGACAAAGUGUCACAAAGCAUAGCCACGAGGGGGGACCGAGCAAACCCGUUGUUCCCAGAAUACAGACCAGCUGCCCGAGUUUCGUCGAAAAAUGCACACGAAUGGUGGAAAUAUGCCAAGCGAUGUAUUGGUCGAAUGAGCGGACGAAGCUCAUGGGCAGAGUUCUUUCGUGCUUUUAAGAAACGAAAGACCUACAUUCAGCUGUACAAACGACAUGCGCACAGCGAAACAUGUUCCUGGAUCGAGCCACUGUCAGUGAGCGAGUAUUCCGUAUUGACCGAUAUGGAGAACGAUCGAACCAUAUCUGUCAAUGGAUUGAUGGUGUGGAGGGACUUGGCUGACGGCCAGGUCGCCCUCGAACAAUCCAAACGGACGAAGAAUGAAAAGGGGAAGAAGAAGGGAUUGUUUGCUGUCUUUUCAAGCGAAAGAAAGGAAGAAAAUGACGACCCACCGGUUCAGUUGACUUCAGAAGAAUUGAAAGAGUUGGAGGACAUGUCACAACAAAGCUUUGCGGAUGAUGAGCUUUCCAAAGAUUCCAAGCUGUGUGAUGCAAGCUUUAUACUAAAGUCGCUGAACAUCGUACUGACUUCCUAUCAGUCGAGACAAAUUGCUGCACUGAACAUGGGGGUAGUAGACCUUGGCUUAGAUGCUAGAGCAGAUGGUGCCUUGGCAUUCAACUUUGAUAUGCUCGACCUAAAAAUCCAUGAUCUGGCAACAUCAGACAGUCUAUUCCCAGAUGUAUUACGAAGCCUUCCGAAAGACGACGCCGUGGCGACAGAAGAAAAGAAGGGUGCAGUUCAUUUGCAAAUUGACAAGUCAAGUACUGGAGACCAGAGCCUUAAAUUGAACAUUGCGGCGUUUGAAGCAGUCGCGUCGCCAACAUUCUUCAAAGAGCUUAUCAGUUUUGCUACACUCACGCCUACCACAACUACAAAGAAAGUAAAAUCGGCAUCGUUACAGUCGGCUUCCGAAUCGGUGGACGACAUAUCCAACGCCCUUGUUGAUGCAUGGAAAGUCAAGACAGAAUCAAAGGUGUCCUGGGCGAUGGAUGUUGACAUUGACGCUCCCAUCAUCAUGGUACCAGAGGCUUGCAAUAACACAAGAGCCAAAAUUCUGGUUCUUGACCUUGGACAGUUCCAUUUUACCUUCGGACCGUUUUCUGCCAACAAAGAAGUAGAGCAGUGGUUUCAAGACAACAAAGUCAAUCAUCAAGCUGGUGUUUCGUACGAAAGUGGUUCGCUCUGUACCAGCGAUUUUAGCUUCAAAGUUGGUACUGCCAGCGAUUGGUUAGAAAGAAGCAAUUUCGAAGGUUCCAUCGUGGGUUCAGACAUCGUUGAGCCGAUCUCAGCAAAGCUUGACUUUGGAAUCGAGCAAAGUCAUAACGCGCACGAUCCUCCUCGGAUCUGCUGCAUUGGAGUGGCUGCCGAUCCUACACUAGUGACUCUCAAUUUUUCGAUGCAGAAGAAUGCUGAUGGGGUUACAGAAGUAGAGCUCCGAGCUGCAGCGACACGAGAUGUGGAAUUUUUCCUUUCGAUGCACGAUGCUGCCACGCUCGGCGUGAUUGUGGGGAGUCUAACUUCUUCCUUGGAAGUCAGUGAAACAAGAAAUGAAGAUUCUCAAACUCGUGAGCUCAGUGCAAACGAGGCAGACAGGAUCGAACAGCUGUCUUCCGCGCUUGAACAAAGAGACAGCAAGAGCCCCAGCAUGCAGAGUAGCUCUAUCAGUCAAGUUGGCACCGAUGAAGCGCCUUUCCAGCUUCGGUCAGACGUGGAAAUGAAGAUUGCCCAAAAGAUCCAAACGAAGAUUACCAUGCCCCAAUUUAGGAUCACUGUGGUCAACGACCUUCAAGGAUUGGACGAACCUUUAUCCCGUAUUUCAGUGGCAAAGUUUGUUGUAGUUGGCGAAGUUGCUGUACCCGUCGGGCCAAAUGCAACUCAGAUUAUGACUGUUGAUUUCCAUAUGAACACAUCGAUCAUUGCCGACUAUUUCGAUUCCUCAAUCAAUCUUUGGAGCAGUCUUCUUGUCAAGCCGUGGGAGGUGACUUUAAAGAUAACGAGAUCGUCAACCCGCCGCUUCGAGUCUCCUAGAUUAAGUUCGGAAAUCGACCUUGAAACCUCCGAUUGCCACGUUUCACUGUCACCUGAUUUCCUUGCAAGUCUUGCCAGUGCAGCACGAAUGUGGUCUGUUUACUCUACCGUAACAUCAAAAUCGCUUAUCGCUGACGACGAGAAAGAUGAAAACACGAAGAAAAGUACAGCAGCUAUCGCAGCACGGCACCUACUAACUUCUCUUCCAUAUGCAAUUGAAAACCAUUGUGGAUCUGAUGUGGUUUUUUCGUUGCCGCAUGGAAGUGUCUCUCGGCGCGAGUGUCCAACUGGAUCAAUUCAAUACUUCCGGUUCCAGCAGCCACAAGAAAAAGGCCACGGUGGCAGAAGGGUGUACGGUCAAGAUGUCGAAUUUGAGAAGUCGGUGGCGUUGUCGAUUGGUGAUUUUGAAGUAGUGAUUCCUCAUCUCGACGCUAUGCUGGGGUCUCGGAAAGAGGUGCACAAUCUACCGGAUGGUAGAGUGCUAGUAACAUUUGUUGUUCGAGAAGACAGGAGAAUGGUGCUGCAUUUGACGAGUAAUGUGAGCAUUGUCAACCACUCGUCGAUCCCUUUUGCCAUUUCGAUUGGGAUGGACGAUCCCAAGGGCAUCGGAACAUGCGUGGCCAAUAAUGAAGAGAAGGCGAAUACUGCGCUAACGGUUACAGACGGUAUUGCAACGAAGCAAUCAAAUCGCUACAGUGUCCCAAUGGACUCGCUUACGACCUUUUCGAAAGAGUGGGCUGAUAGUGGCCAAUCUUCAGUAUUUCUGCGUUUAUCUCCCAAACUGAAGUCGGAUAGUUCUCAAGUGUUGAGCGGAGGUCUUGAUAUUGCUUCCCCGUUUGGUGAGCUAUCGCAAUCCGAAAGCAACUAUCGUGUUUGUAAAUUCGAUAUGGUUUGUGAAUCAAGUAGUGAAGUAACAGACAGCAUGGAUCCAUUUGUUGUGCAGGUGUUUUUGAAGGGGACUCUGAUCAACGAUAGAACCAUGAACAUCGAUCUUUUCUUGGAACCUCGAGCGGUGAUUGAGAACUUGUUUCCAAUCGACAUCAGUGUUCGCAGUAAGAUGCCUUAUACAUUCAGCUCAGCUGCACAAGAGUCGGAAUUGGACAGCGAUGUUGCUCAUGAUCUGAAGCCUGGGAGUCGUGUCGAAGUUUUCACUGAGGGGGACGCGUUAGCAAUUGCAAUGAAGCCGACACACACUCCGAGUGCUGGCUCCGCCCUGGAUUGGAUGGAACAGGUACUGCCACUGCAAUCUGAGUCACGCUCGCCCGAGCCAGUGGUUUGCUAUUUUCCGUUCGCUGGAUCCAAGAAACGGACGAGCGAGUUCUUCAUUGCAGAAGGAUAUGAAGGCCUGGAUCAGCUCUCAGAGAUUAUGGCCGAUGAAGUACCGAAGAAGUCAGAUCCGAAAUCGAGUGUGCGCGAGGUCUCGCUAGAGGAUCCAUUGAGAUCAUUCCACGCCACGGUUUGCUGUUACGGUGUCGACCAUACGGGCGAAGUCCUCUUUGACUUGUUAGAGAGCAGUAAAGAUCGGAAGCAGUAUCAUCCUUUUGGUGCAUUUUCCUCAGAGGGUGAUUCCAGUCGAUUGACAAUGCUCCCAACAACAAAUGGGAUGCGGCUGCUACAGACUUCGUCAGAGGAGGAGGAUGGUUACAAGGCGACGCUGCCUUUUACGAUGAACGAUUUGGUGAUUGGUGAAGGAGGAGUCAAUGCAUUGCCAAUCCUUUGGGAGAAUAAGAAAAGCAGCGGGUACUGUGCCUAUCGACGACUUGUCAAUGAGCACCAAUCUGAAAUUCACAUCGUCCCCGAGUUUGCCGUCUUUAACGGAAGCGCGGAAGCUGUAAUCAUUUCGGAACAAGGAAUGGAAGACAUAAGAAUUGAAGCUGGUAGCUUUGCUCCGUUGAAAUGUGUAUCCAGAGCGGGAGGCCUGGAACUUGCGCUGAGCUACGUCAAAGAAGAAUGCAAAACGAGGUAUAUCCGUGUUGAUCAACUAGGUGUAAAGAUGGAACUUGUCCAGUCGACAGCUGGGACGCCGGUUGGCAGCGUGUGUGUCCAAACUGCGUUGGACUCAUAUGGAAAUGCCCGUCUAGUUGUGAAGAUCGGAGACAUCACGGCCGGUGGGAAGGCGGCUAUUGCAUCUUCCGUCCUUCCGGCAUUUCUUGCGGAUGACUUCGUUCGAUUGCGUGUACGCUGGACUGAAUUGCAACUAGUGCUGAAUGAGAGCCAAGAAAAACAAAGAGCCGAAGGAUUGACCUCCCAGAAUGACAUUUCAUUCGCAAACCACACUGACAAGAAUCGACCGAAGCCUUCAGAGCCUGGUUCAGUAAUGUCAGUCAACGUUUCAGGGUUAAACGUUGACGUCCAGCGUCUGUUCGAGGAAAAAGGAGAAGAGGAUGGAGACCAAAAAGUCAAAACAUCGUCGAUGUCUUCUCCCGAAAGGUGUGAAGUAUCCAUGAUCGUACACCAGCUUCAAGUGAAGGACCUGACUCCAGAGUCAUCAUUCCCUGUUGUGUUCAAUAGUUCAUCAGAUGUACACUUGAUUGAUCUGUCUGCUAAGACCCGAGGACCGAUUGGUGCAGAAAUUGUGAAAGUUGACGUUUUUGAUUUGUCAUUGUCUCAUUCGAAGGGCAAAUCGGAAAUGAUACAGCUGACUACAUCGGAAGAGUAUGUUUGGAGAAUCGUAGACAUGAUGACUCGGAUUUCCGAGGCAAGCAACGAGGUUGGAGACUAUAGUUUGGAUCAAGAAGGUUACCUUGUCGAGAGCAGCAAAGUAGAGCGGGUGUCGUACACACCCCCUCGUGUCGAUCAACUAUAUGAGUUGGAUUUGACCCGAGUUUCUCCAUUUGCACUACUUGUCAGUUUCCGCCGAACACCAGACGAGUCUCGAUACGAAAUGGCCCAAAAUGUAAGAGGUGCCGCACUCACGAACUACUUUACUCGAAAGUUGAAGUUUUCGAUAGACAAGGCUAAGCUGAAGUUCGGAAAAUACGAAAACAAAAGUCUCAAAGGUCCGCCUGAUCGAUUAUUGGAGUCUCUUGGAGCGGUCUACGUGGGCCGCAUGAAGUACAAGGUUUUGACACUGCUAUCAUCAGCAAGUCUGCAAGACUGGCAGUUCUUGGCAGCCAGAGAGGGCGAAGAUGCAUUCGUCGAAGGUGAUGAAUUUCGGGCAACUGGAAAUAUUGCAGGAAUGGCCGCGGGGGCCUUAGUUGGAUCAGUCGGACGAGGACUUGGAGAUGGUGUCUCAGGCGUUACUCGUACCUUCGGAAAGGGAAUCGAGGAAGCCACUGGACUAGUUGGUGCCAGGAAACUUGGAGCCGGGGUCAAUACUGUGAUUAGCGGUGUUGGUGGAGGCGUCGGAAAUACGUUGACUGGAGUCACUGGCGGAGCUGGAAAAGUUGUGGCUGGAGCUGGACAAGGCGUCGGUCAAGUCGUUGGCGGUGUCUUGGGUGGUGUCUUUCAAAUAGGUAAAGGCAUUGGUACCGGUAUCGUAAAGGGCGACGGCAAAGCUAUGGUGAAUGGUAUUGGAAAAGGUGCUGGCCAAAUUGGUGGUGGAGCAGUCCACGGUACCGGAUCGGUCUUUAAGGGUGCCAAAGAUGGUGUGUUAAGAGGGUUUGGAAAGAAGAACCAUGACAAGAACUGA